GUCAUAAGCACCUCAAUCCUGCAAUUCUCUGUAAACCCCCAGGUGGGGAAAAAAAAAAAAAAAUCAAAUUGUGCAUUAAAUUCCCAAAUUCCAGAUGAUGCUUAAUAUGAAAGCCUCCCCGGAGGCCCGAACGACGUCGUCUUCAUCAUCAUCGCCGUCCCGCUCAAUCGUUACAGCGGAGAAGGCUUUCUCGUUCAUCUCCAAAGGAUGGAGCGAGGUCCGCUCCUCCGCAGGUGCCGACCUCCAAUUGAUUAAGAACCGGGCGAAUUCCUUUAAAAACCGCGCCGACAGGGAGCUGGAGAAUUUUCUGAAUUCGGCCUCCAGAUCGCCCUUCGCUGUCCCUACAAUUACGGCCUCUGCUACUACCACGCCUGCGGAGAUCGACUUUGUCAAGAAGCUUCGGCCAAAAUUGACGGAAAUUCGGAGGGCCUAUUCCUCGCCGGACUUUAAGUGGAGCCAGUGGAGCCCUAAGCCCAAGAUUAGGAUUGACUUGUCUGCAAUUAAGAAUGCAAUUGUCUCCGAGGUUGAAGACGAGGAGGAGGAUGAGAGGCAGAGGUUUAGGAGGUGGAGGACGGUAAGGUUUAAGGAGACGGCUGCCAGAGACGAAUGGCAGUUUGGGGAACUUUGGGAGCCAAUAAGGGCGUUGAAGGCUAGGCUUAGAGAGUUUGAGCACAAGAGCUCCAGCUCCAGCUCCUUGCCCUCUGAUAUUUUCGAGGGGAUUAAGAAUAGCGAGUUUGUGGAGAAGUUAAAGUCGAGUCUGAGAUCUAUAGGCAAGGAGUCAAAUGGUGCCAAGAUGCAGGAAGUUCCACCAUUUGAUGUGCCAGAACUGUUGGCAUAUUUAGUUAGGCAAUCCAGUCCAUUCUUGGAUCAACUUGGUAUUAAACGAGAUAUCUCUGAUAAAAUUGUGGAGAACUUGUGCAGUAAACGCAAAAACCAACUGUUACUACGUUCAUUGCCUGCAGGAGAGUCAUCCAUUAUAGAAGCUGAUAAUGUAACUGAUGAGUUGGAUAUAAGGAUAGCUAGUGUUCUUCAAAGUACAGGUCACUGUUAUGAAGGUGGAUUUUGGAGUGAUUCUACGAAGCAGGAGUUUGCAGAUGGUAAAAGGCAUGUAGCAAUUGUCACAACAGCUAGCCUUCCAUGGAUGACUGGAACUGCUGUAAAUCCACUCUUUCGAGCAGCAUAUUUAGCCAAGUCUGCCAAGCAAAAUGUCACAUUGUUGGUUCCUUGGCUUUGUAGAUCAGACCAAGAACUAGUUUAUCCAAACAGCUUGACAUUCAACUCCCCAGAAGAGCAGGAGCUAUAUAUGCGUAACUGGCUUGAGGAAAGGGUUGGUUUCAAGGCCGAUUUUAAUAUUUCUUUUUACCCUGGAAAGUUCUCAAAAGCUAGACGAAGUAUAAUACCAGCUGGGGAUACUUCGCAGUUUAUUUCUUCAAAGGAAGCUGAUAUUGCUAUUUUGGAAGAACCAGAACAUCUCAAUUGGUACCACCAUGGUAAACGGUGGACAGAUAAAUUUAACCAUGUUGUGGGCAUAGUUCACACCAAUUACUUGGAGUAUAUCAAACGGGAAAAGAAUGGGGCUCUCCAAGCUUUUCUUGUAAAACAUAUAAACAAUUGGGUAACACGAGCAUACUGCCACAAGGUACUUCGACUUUCUGCCGCUACACAGGAUUUACCCAAGUCUGUAAUUUGCAAUGUACAUGGUGUAAACCCAAAGUUUUUGAGAAUUGGAGAAAAAGUAGCUGAAGAGAGGGAGCGUGGGCAGCAAGCCUUUUCAAAAGGAGCAUAUUUCUUGGGCAAGAUGGUUUGGGCGAAAGGUUACAAGGAGUUGAUAGAUUUGUUAGCAAAGUACAAAAAUGAUCUUGAUGGGUUCAAACUGGAUGUUUUUGGUAACGGAGAGGACGCUUAUGAAGUUAAGAGUAUGGCUCAAAGGCUAAACCUAAAUGUCAGUUUCAUGAAAGGAAGAGAUCAUGCAGAUGAUUCUCUCCAUGGUUACAAGGUCUUCAUAAAUCCCAGCAUUAGUGAUGUUCUCUGCACGGCAACAGCUGAGGCCCUUGCAAUGGGCAAAUUUGUUAUUUGUGCUGACCAUCCAUCAAAUGAAUUCUUCAGUGCAUUCCCCAACUGUUUAACUUAUAAGACACCUGAAGAUUUUGUUGCUAAAGUGAAAGAAGCUAUGGCCAAUGAGCCUCAGCCUCUGACUCCUGAACAGAUGUAUAGGCUUUCAUGGGAGGCAGCUACUCAGAGAUUUAUGGAAUACUCUGACCUCGACAAGGUUUUGACAAGUAAUGCACAUUCAGGAAGAAUUGAUGGGAAGGCUCUCAAAAAGUCGAUUUCAUUGCCCAAUUUGAUGGAUAUGGUUGAUGGAGGGUUAGCUUUUGGCCACUACUGUCUUACUGGCAAUGAGUUCCUUAGAUUGUGCAGUGGAGCGAUACCUGGCACGCGAGACUAUGACAAGGAGCAUUGUAGGGAUCUUCAUCUGUUACCCCCACAGGUGGAGAACCCCAUAUAUGGAUGGUAAAUAACAACUAACCUGUAUAUGAUUAUUUGCACAAUGUAUGGUAAACGGAGGAGUUGUGGAAAAUUUUGCAUCUUACUUAUUGCAUAGAUCCAGGUAGUCAUUUUUCCCCUUUUCAGUGUGCGCGUAACCUGUAGUGUCUUAGUAACAGUUUAUGAUGUACGAGAUGAGAAUUGAGGCAUGUACAGUUGCAAACUUGUAAAUAAAAAAAAGGAAAAGAGAGUAACAAAUGGUUAUUCUA